AUAUCGUCAUCGCGGAGCUCCGAUUGCUCAUCAAGAAUGGCUAUCAGAUAUCUUCACAAGAAUGUCUUAUUGACAUUGGGGUCUCAGUCGAUCGGGAUUAUUGGUCGGACAUUCGAUGGACUAUUUUUUCUUGUCUUUGGCUAUGCGAGAUUGUCUUUCCCCAGUCCACGUCCGUCAUUGUCCCCAUCGCGCAAUUACGACAACGAUGGUGUGCUGUGCUUGGAUGCACUCUCAAAUCCUUCUUAAUAGCCAUCUAUUGCCUGCCCCGGGCGAUACCGCUCUAGCGGAAACCUCCAUCCACUGUCUCAUUGUCGAGCAAUACCCGACCAGGUAGAGCUGCUCGAAACUAUGGCUCUAGUUAAGGAAAAGAUAAGUGCAAAGCUUCCAUCGCACCCGGUGAACCCAAGUUCGCUUUCCCAGAGCAGCCUGGAAGGAGGUCAAUUUGAUAUCAAUGAAAAAGCGUUGCUGCGUAAGCUGGAUUACCGACUGCUUCCACCAUUGACGAUACUAUAUCUUCUGUCCUUCUUAGACAGGAGCAAUGUUGGCAACGCUCGCUUGGAGGGUAUGGCUACGGAUAUUGGAAUGACGGGCAACAUGUACCUUACGGGCCUCACACUGUACUUCAUUGGUUACGUCGCUUUCGAGAUCCCGUCCAAUAUCGUGCUCAAGAGGACUACACCUCGGAUAUGGCUCCCAACACUCACAUUGCUGUGGGGAAUUGUUGCCACGCUUCUCGGAGUUGUCCAGAAUUACGCUGGAUACCUGACGUCACGGACAGCCCUGGGGAUUGCUGAAAGUGGACUAUUUCCGGGCGUCGUCUUCUAUCUUUCUAUGUGGUAUAAGCGAAAUGAGCAGCACUAUCGGGUGGCCCUCUUCUUCAGCGCUGCAUCCCUCGCUGGUGCCUUUGGAGGCGUUCUUGCUUGGGGUAUUGCGCAUAUGCGUGGUGUUGGUGGUUACAAUGGCUGGAGAUGGAUCUUUAUCUUGGAAGGACUGGCAACUGUUGUCAUGUCCAUUGUCGCUUAUUUCUGGGUCUACAAUUACCCUGCAACUGCAGAAUUCUUGUCAGACAAGGAGCGCGCGUUCAUCCAAUUCCGCCUGAAGAACGACAAUGAUGCUACUCGGGACGAACAGUUCAGUUGGACGGCAGUGUUUGAUGCGUUCAAGGAUGUUAAGGUUUGGCUGUACGGGCUCUGCUUUCACACGAUGUCUCUGCCCUUGUACACAUUAUCGCUGUUUAUGCCUACGAUUAUCAAGGAACUGGGUUAUUCGGCUGCCAAGGCUCAGCUUCUGACUGUUCCUCCUUAUGCCUUGGGAUUCAUUCUGACAAUCAUCGUCGCAAUCCUCUCUGAACGCACUCGGCGCCGCGCACCGUUCAUCAUUGGCUCGACCACGUUCGCCUGCAUCGGAUACAUCCUUCUUCUCACUUCAAAGAGAGCGUCCGUAUCCUAUGCUGGGGUCUUCUUCGCCGCUGGCGGCAUCUACCCCUCGGUGGCCAUCGUGCUGUCUUGGCCAGCCAACAACGUCUCCGGGCAAACCAAACGCGCUAUAGCCAACGCGAUGCAGAUCUCGAUCGGGAACUUGGGAGCUGUGAUGGGCACGCAACUCUAUCGGACUGAGAGCAGUCCGCGCUACUAUGUUGGCCAUGGAUUUGCAUUAGGGUACCUCCUUGCGAAUAUCGUUGUGGUUAGUGUCUUGUGGGCUGUGCUCAACCGGGAGAACAUCGGGAAGGCUCAGCAAAGAGAGGCAAAGGGCAUAACUGCAUUUAUCGGAGAUAUUGGGGAUGCAGGAGCCGAUUUCCAGGGCGACAGAGACUCUCGGUGGAUUUUUCAGACUUGACGACUGCUUAUUAAAUGUAACGGCAUUCACUUCGUGCUCGGAGUUGGUGUACGGUUCGGCUCAUCUUGGUCGAUUACCAUGGCAAGCAUCCAGUGCGUUAUCUUGGGUAUCUGCAAC